UCCAGUUUUCCCCAGAACCGCAGGCGCAGGGUUUUCGCCGUUCUCGGCGCAAAGUUGUCUCCAAUCUUACUGGCGGUGACUCAAACCUGCAACGCCUGCGAUCGAUAACUCCAAGAUACCGGGUGACAGGGCCACCAUCACCUUGCAACGGCGAUCUUGAAUCCUGCACCUUUGUAUUACCUACCUACACUUCCACACCUUGCCUUCCAUUUUUGCAUAAGCUGAAGGAAUCAUCCCGGGUAAAAAUUACCUCACGAUGGCUCCCACCGUGCUGCACCUCCGCAGCGAGACCAAGCCCCUCGAGCACAGGUCGGCCCUUACGCCGUCAACUGCUGCCGAGCUGAUCAAGGCCGGCUACGUCGUCAAUGUUGAGCGCUCACCCGAGAGAAUAUUUGACGAUGCCGAGUUCGAGGCCGUUGGUUGCACUCUGGUGCCCGAGGGCAGCUGGGUCGAUGUUCCCGCGGAGCAUAUCAUCGUCGGCCUGAAGGAGCUUGAAGAGAAGGAGUUCCCUCUCAAGCAUGUGCAUGUCCAGUUUGCCCACUGCUACAAGCAACAAGCUGGCUGGGAGAACGUGCUCGCCAGGUUUCCCAGGGGAGGCGGUACCCUGCUGGACCUUGAAUUCCUGGUCGAUGAGCGCGGUCGUCGUGUUGCUGCGUUCGGCUUCCAUGCGGGCUUUGCCGGUGCUGCCCUUGCCCUCGAGGUCUGGGCCUGGCAGCUGAACCACACCGAACCCUUCCCGGGCGUUGAGAGCUAUCCCAACGAGGAUGCUCUGAUCUCCGAUGUGAAGAAGGCGCUGGAUGAGGGCUCCAAGAAGGCGGGGCGCCUCCCUCGCGUCAUCGUUAUCGGCGCUCUCGGCCGCUGCGGGUCAGGGGCUGUUGAUGCUCUGCGAAAGUCGGGGCUGCCCGAGGAGAACAUCCUCAAGUGGGAUAUGGCUGAGACCGCGAAGGGCGGGCCCUUCCAGGAGAUCACCGACAGCGACAUCUUUGUCAACUGCAUCUACCUGACCAGCAAGAUCCCUCACUUUGUCAACAUGGAGUCCCUUCAGGUCCCCGACCGCAAGCUCCAAGUCGUGUGCGACGUCUCCGCAGACACCACCAACCCCUUCAACCCGGUGCCGAUCUACACCGUCGCCACCACCUUCGACAAGCCUACAGUUCCCGUGGACGGUCUCCAGAGCGGCCCACCGCUCUCCGUCAUCUCUAUCGACCACCUGCCGUCUCUGCUGCCGCGUGAGGCGUCCGAGGCCUUCAGCCGUGACCUUCUCCCUUCGCUGCUCACCCUGGACGACUGGCGUAACUCGCCGGUGUGGGCGCGCGCAGAGAAGCUGUUCAAGGAGAAGGUUGCGACUCUACCGGAGAGCGCGCUGCAGAAGUGACUCAGCUGAGUAGCGGAAAGCGUGGCGCAGAUUUGUCAUAUAGAAUCGAGUCACUCCAAGGAACUUGCCCU